GUAAACCAUUACAGCUGCCGAAAGGCUUGAAUUAAAAGAAAGCGUUCAAAAUUUCAAAGCCCUAUAUUGGAAGGAAUCCUUCAAUGUUCAGACUCCAAUGAGCAAGCAAUUACGUAUUAUGGGUAGUCGUUACAAGUCAUCACAACUGUGAGCCCGCCAAAUGAAGAAAUUCAUCUUCCAGAUUAACAAGCAAAAAAAAAAAAAAAAAAGUUAACCAGGAAUUGGGUUAAAAUGGGAUAUGUGCGCAAUCCAAAGACGACAACUGAGCACCAAAAAAGAAAUGAGCAUUUCGGCUUUUCUUUUCCUUUUCCCACUUCACUAUCCAAAUCAUCAUUACCUAAAUGUCAUCUUUAAUAGAUAAAUCAGAGUCCAUAUAUCAUCUCCACAUUCCCACUCCUCACAACUUCUUACUCUUUUAUUGUUAUUUAGGGAAUCUUUCUUUACCUCAUUCCGUUCGUAUUGAGAGAUGGGCAACAGCAUCAUCACCGGAGUUGCAGGAAGAAGAAACAGAGCAAAAGUGAUGAAGAUUUCCGGCGAAACGUUCAAGGUAAAGACGCCCGUAUUUGGUACAGACGUGAUUAAAGACUACCCGGGUCAUGUUCUGUUGGAGUCAGAAAAGGUGAAGAGGUUCGGAAUCAGGGCAAAGCCAUUAGAGCCUGAAGAAGAAUUGAAGCCCAAGAAGAUAUAUUUUCUUGUGGAAUUACCCAAAUUGCCGGAAGAAAAGGUGCCCAGAAGAACCCGAUCUGCUGUUAAUACGAGCGCCAAAGACAGGCUAGAGUGUUUGAUGUUAUCAAGGAAGUCAGGUUCUGAUAUGUCAAUCGGCCGGCGGCAGGAUCCGGCAGCAGGACCGACGCAGGUGAAGCUCCGGUUGCCGAGGGCUCAAUUGGAGAAGCUAGCUAAAGACAGCAAAGAUGAAACGGAACUGGCAGAGAGAAUUGUUCAGCUUUGUAGUGCCCAGAAUUUGUAGCAGAAGUUACCGAAGUAAGCUCCCCUGUUUUCGCUUUGUGGUCCAAUUUGUACAUAAGAACAGAACCGUAGAAUUAGCUUCUUCUUCUUCUCGUCCUUCUUGCUUUAAUGUGAUUUUUCGAUCAAAUGCUAUGUACUUUUAGUUCUUGUUUUAUAUAAGUUAUAACCCAAUUUAUAUAUACCGUUCUUGCCUUUUAAAUCU